AUGCCUCCACCGCUGGUACGACGCGCUUAUCAGAUGACUCUUCUUGGUGUCUUUCUCGUUCGAAAGAGCGAGCUCAUAUCUGUAGAUUGCAUGUUCUCGUAUCGUACUAUACUCUUUACGCGUUUGAUUGUGUUAAUUGGUAUAGAGCCUAACUGUGGCUGUGGGUCAUCAACUCCAGUAUCAACGUCAGAAAGUUUUAAGGACUUCAUGAAACGAGAGAUGGCCUCCGUUUGGCUCAAAACUGCUGAUGGUUCAAUUCUGAAAGUGGAACGAAACUUUGCAAUGUGCUGUUCCAUGAUAUGGCAAGAGGUACUCAAGGGUGUUGGAACUUCUCAGAAUGAUGCAAUAUCGCUCCCACCGGAAGUAAACCAAGAUAUGCUCAGCUUGAUUCAAGAGUACUGUGCAUUCCAUGUAAUGCCUGGACGUUCAGACAAGGAACGAAAAACUUAUAAUAAAAAAUUCACCGGGAUGCACAAAGAGAAGCUAUGUGAGUUGGGCUUAGCCGCUACUAGUUUGCAGCUGGAGCCUGGGGUUGAUCUUAAUCGUCGCGCACUUACACGAAUCCUUGAAGGAAAAACCCUUGAGGAGACUGCAGAGUUUUUUAAUUUUCCUGAUGACAUAACUGAGGAGGAGAAAUUAGAACCUGUGAAGAACACAAUGAAUAAUACAGGGAUUCGACUACGGAAUAAAUUGUACGCAAAGAAAAAGGAGCUGAAAGAAAGAGAGAGUUUGAAGAAUGUUGAGGUUAAAAAACAUGUGGACGAACGUUCUGUGGAUGACUUGGUAUCAUUUAUCAACGGAGGAGAUGCCAAGGUGGUAAAGAAGAAGAACAAGAAAAAGAAGAAGAACAAGAAAAAGAAGGGCAAGAAGACUGUUUCCUCAAAUGAAAAAGAAGGAGCCGAAGAGACUGGAACCAUCACGAGAGAGGAGGUAGAGGUACCCAACUUACCUAGUGCGGAAGAUGACAUCUUUAGGUCAAUGCUCGGGUCUGAAGAUGAUGAAGAUGAUGAAGAUGAUGAUGAAGAUGAUGAUGAAGUUGAUAAAUUGGUAGCAGAUUUUGCUCGAAGAUUGCACGCCGAUAUCGUUAGAUCGAAAGGACAAGUAAGAACACGCCUGUUCAAUUUUCCAUAAACGACAUCGGGACAACAAGACGCAUAUAGGUUAUAGUCUUCAGGACACAAUUGAUGAAUUCAAUGGCUUGGUACAGUUUUGGUUGGUUAUAUGAGCAAAUAGGAGAGAGAGAGAAUGGUUCACCAGUUGCUGAAGUAGAUACAGUUCUGACUUGAUUUCUUUACUUUGUAAUGAUUGAUCCUUUUAUUUUGUAAAACCACAUUUGAAUAUUUUUGCUGGUGUGUACAAUUCUGAGUUCGAUUCUAUAAUUGUUUCUUGUUUAAGUUUAUGUUUAUAUGAACUCAC